UCUUCGAUCUACAAAAAAAACGACUUCUAACACUAGCAAAUUUUUUUCACACUAGCAACUUUUCUUCCACACUAGCAAUUUUUUUUUUUGUCGAACUCUCACUUUCUCUCUUUCUCUCUUUCUCUCUGGAAAAAUCCUAUAAUUUGUUGAUGUGUAAUCGAGUUCAUCUUCUGCAGGAAUCAAUGGAUGGUAUCUGGAACUUCAUAAUAGAUAAGAAACUUCUGCAGGGUUACAAGCAAGGAAGUGGUAAUGGAAAGUUCAGCAAAUUAACCGUGGAGACAAGAGUGUUACCAACACUAAACCAAAAUCUUGGCAUUAACAAAAGCUUCAAGGAGUAUAAAAAUAGGUUAAAGAUCUUGAAGAAUAAGUACAAUGGCUUGUCAGAUCAUUUUCGUUUUAGUUCUGGUUUUGGGUGGGACCCUGAAACGAAGAAAUUCACUGCUCCAGAUGAAGUAUGGGCUGACUAUUUGAAGGCUCAUCCAGGUAAAACAAAUCUGCGUGAUGACUCAUUUGAAGAUUUUGGAGAUUUACGAAUGAUUUUUGAAUCAAAUACUGCUACUGGAAGGAAUGCUGUGGGAUUAAGUGAUGCCAUUGAUACAAAUACAUAUGACGUUAGAGAGCAUGAAGGGACAACUAAUUCAAGUCAUGACCAAAUAAUGGAAGAUGAGGAAAUAGCAUAUGAAGAAACAUCUGUUCAAGAAGUUUUCUCUGCAUUAGAGACAAGAAGAGGGGGAAAGCUACCUCCAAGAAAGAAGGCUAGAACUGAAACUGAUGCACUUAACACAAACAAGGCUGUUGAUGAACUGAAUACAGUGCAAGAUUCAGUUCAGCAGAUUUUUGGCAUGAUACAAAAA